AUGUUUGUUUCACCUGUUCGCGCAUGGCACUCUUGGUACGGUCAGGAACAGGACGAGGGUGCCAAUAGCUUCAGUGGCAUUUCGAGUUUGAAGGCCCGGGGACCCACACUGUCCGGAGUCUCUGGAGUUUGGAAGAGAGCCACGGGCGGCACGGGCCGGCACGGGCUUGAGGCCUUCCGGAUCAUCCGGCUGACUCGAAUCCUGAAGACAGCGCAGCUGGUGCGGAUCUUCCGCUUCGUCAUGGGUGGGAUUGGGGACCCUUUAGAUGAGCGGCCAAAGGUCAGCUGGGCCAGCUGGGAGCCACAAAGGACACUCUUCAUGAGCAUUGCUGGCGGCGUGAGUUGGGAGGAACCCAUUUUCGUCUUGAUCGAGAUCUCCACCUGGUGGCACCUGGGAUCGAUGGAGGGACAGGAGUCGCACUUGCAAAAGCUUCGAGAGCUUUUCAGUAAACUUGGUGAUGAGCAACUUGGCUUCCCUCCCAAGUCCACCGGUGCGAUCACCUUCGGGGUCUUCGAGGAGAAGAUUCGGGCGCCGGCGGUGCGCGACUAUUUCGAAACCUUGGGCUUAGAUGUUUGGGACCCCUGGAGCUUCUUCAAGCUCUUGGAUACGGAUGGAGGUAGGCAUCAGCCCACCGUCUUCAUCACCCGCAAAGAUGGGGGUCUAAGCCACGAGACGGGUCUCCCGGGUCGUUCCCCCCUGUGUUUCGUUCGCACAUCAUUUGACAUCAGUACGUCCAAUGGAUUCCAUUUGAUGGUGUUCCAAUUUGCCUUCCCUGGCUUCUCAUCAGCUCGACGGCUUGGCAUGCGCGAUGUGGCUGCGAAGAUGCGCUGGCCGCGCAUCCGCCAAGUACGCGUGGGAGCCGACGAUGAGUAUGCAUCCUUGGACACCGCAGAUUUGCAGGCUCUGGCGCUGGAGCGCGGCUUGCCCGUGCGAUGUGGGGAGCGGAAGGAAGUCUUGCUGCCGCUGCUGCGCGGCUAUGACAUUGGACAACGUGCCGGUAGCUUUCUUCAUGCCCUGAGCGACGAACGUGAUGAGGUCGAGGUGGGCCUUGGCUCCAAGCAGACAACUCCGGUGUCCUCCAUGAGAUCGGUGUUGCAGAAUAUCCGAGAUUCGCCGGGGCACAUGGGCUGCGACAUCGGCGAGUCCUUUGCAAAGAUGGUUAUUGCCUACCAGGAAGGUCAAAGCGAAGAGGACAUGUUUCCAGAGAAAUUUGGAAGCUCCGGACGUUUCUUGCUAAGGAGAUUGAGCAUCUUAGAUGAGAGCUUUUUGCUCACGUUCCUUUCUGGUUCCACUGCGGACUUUGAGGCAGCCGCCGCCCAGCUGGAGCGCACGAGCCGCGAGGGCUGCUUGGGCCUGGCGCAGCUCAGAGCUCCAGCCGCACCAGUCUCACCCAGCAGGCAGUCUGAUGAGAAGUUAGCUGGUUCGGGCACAGCAUAUUGCCGGAUGGCCACCUCCAAAGCAGCCGGCAACUUCGCGCCCCACUUCUGUGAGGUCUUGCAGGUUGAUUUAGAGCCUCUUCAUGAGAUGCGUCCUCUCCUGGAUGGCUUCUUCUUGCUUGCGCAAGGCUCGCACAGCAGAGAGGGCAGCUUGAUGGAUCAAGAGAUCUUCACCAUUGGGGAGGACGGGGGUGUGAUAUCCAGAUCCUGGCCGGAACCAUUGUUUCCCCUGAUCUUGGUGGUCAUGGGCAGCGGCGUGUCGAUCUUGCGGGUGAAUUCUUUCAACCCGGGCGACUACGCACGAAUGGGUGGCACCGGCUGUGGUGGAGGCACCUUCCUAGCCCUGGCGCGGCGCUUGACCUCCGCAAACACGUUGGAGGAGGCCUUGGAGAUGGCGGCUGCAGGGAAUGCCUCCAAUCUGGACACACUGGUGAGUGACAUCGAUGGCACCGAAGGCUCUUUAAUGCCGAGCUUACAUGGGGACAUUACCGCUUGCAACUUUGGAAAGUUGAGUAAAGCAAACAGCAGCCAGAACUGCAGUGAGAAGGAUGUGGCGCGCUCCUUGUUGCAGAUGGUUACAGAGCAGUCCGUGCUUUUAGCAUUCUCACAUGCUCGUAUGGCAGGCUGCAUGAACAGGGUCUUCUUUGUGGGGAGCUUCUUGGAUCAGAAGAAUGCCAUCACGCGACAGGCCAUCGGGUUGACUGCCCAGAACCUUGGAGGAGGCAGUGCUUAUUUCAUGCGGCAUUCGGAAUUCCUUGGUGCCCUCGGAAGUCUUGGAGGUCACGUCGCCGAAGGCGGUGGUCUUCUAGGCCAAGCGCACGACUUACUUGCACAUCAAGGUGCAUCCUGGACGGUGACCAACAUGAUUCCUAGCAGAGUGACCGGAAUGUUCAACAGUCAUUCCGCCGAAGACAUGCUUAUCAAGCAGCGAGCAUUGACGACACACGAGUUGCACAUGCAGAUGUCUUUCAAGCAGGCCAAGGCGGAGGACAGCAGGUGCCAUAUCAAGUUCUGCCGGAUCCUCUUCAAUAUCGUUGAGAACCCAUUGUUUGAUAUGUUCUUUGCCCUUGUGGUGAUGUUGAACGCCGUUUUUUUGGGCAUUGACAUGCAGAUGAGGAUCUCAGAUCCGACGUCGCAGUCGGUGCCACUGGACUUUGCCCAAUUCAUUUUUGGAAUGCUCUUCACCAUGGAAUUGGGCGUCCGCUUCGCUGUCGUAGGCGCUCGUCAGUUAUUGUGUUCCAAAGACUGGCCGUGGACCUUGCUAGAUAUCACUGUGGUGACCGGCAUCAUAUGGGAAACUGCCCUGGAUGCGGCCACUGCAACUAAGGGCAUGUCCAAGACCGCGCCGACGAGCUCCAGUUUGACGGUCUUCCGCAUCUUGAGAGUGACGCGUAUUGUCAAGGUGCUCCAGCUCACGAGAAUCUUCCGCUUUGUAGCUGCCUUGAGGACCUUGGUGCAGUCCAUUCUUCAUACCCUCAAAGCGCUUUAUUGGGCGUUGCUGCUUCUGUCGCUGAUUGUCUACGUCUUUGCACUGCUCUUCUGUGAGACUGUGAACGACAUGAAGUACUCUGAGGGCGGCGUUGCCUUGGAUGAAGGCACACUUUGGGCGAUGAACUCGUACUUCAGAUCUUUGCCGAUUACUAUGCUGACUCUCUUCAUGAGCAUUGCUGGUGGCGUGGAUUGGGAGGACCCCCUUCUCGCAGUCUCAGCCGUGUCCCCGUGGUGGACUUUGCUCUUCUUGUUUUACAUCUCCUUCACCUACUUUGCGGUUCUCAAUGUGGUGACGGCGGUGUUCUGUCAAAGUGCUAUUGAAGCUGCCUCCAAUGAUCAUGCCACAGCCGUCCAAAAAAUGGUGGACAACAAGGAAGUGCAUUUGCAGAAACUUCGGGCACUCUUCAGCGAGCUCGGGGAUGAGUCCACUGGGGCCAUCACCUUCGGCGUCUUCGAGGAGAAGAUGCGAAGUCCGGCGGUGCGGAACUACUUCGAGACGUUGGGCCUCGACGUUUGGGACCCCUGGAGUUUUUUCAAGUUGCUUGACUCUGAUGGAGGAGGCUCGGUCGAAAGAGAGGAGUUUUUUAUGGGAUGCUUACGCUUCAGCGGUCAAGCGCGUGCAAUGGACGUGGGGAAGAUCAUUCAGGACCAAUCCUGGAUCUUAAGGAACCAGGGACGAUUCCAGAGCUACAUGGAAACAGAACUCCGCAAGCUGCGAGAGGACAUGAAGCCUGGAUUUCAGUGCAAAUGGUGCUCUAGGCAGAUCUGA